AUGGCGCCACCUUCGGCUCCGCUCUCUGCGCGGGGACCAGGAGAGGCCAGACCCGGCCGGAGAAGGGGAAGGAGGCCGAGGGCGGUGAAGUUCGCAGACGUGGCCGUGUACUUCUCCACGGAGGAGUGGGGGUGUCUGCACCCCGCGCAGAGGGCCCUGUACCGGGACGUGAUGCGGGAGACCUACGGCCACCUGGGCGCGCUCGGGUGCGCAGGUCCCAAACCAGCCCUCAUCUCCUGGUUGGAACGAAAUACCGAUGAUUGGGAACCGGCUGCUCUGGAUCCGCAGGAGUGCCCACGGGGGGUAGCAGUCCAAAGAAAAACCAGAACCAGAAAGAAGAACGGAGACAAGGAAGUAUUCCCACCUAAGGAGGCACCCCGAAAGGGGAAGCGAGGGCGGCGGCCCAGCAAACCCCGACUGAUCCCCAGGCAGACGUCGGGGGGCCCCAUCUGCCCUGACUGUGGUUGCACCUUCCCUGAUCAUCUGGCCCUGGAGAGCCACAAGUGUGCCCAGAAUCUGAAGAAGCCUUACCCUUGCCCAGACUGCGGGCGCCGGUUUUCCUACCCCUCCUUGCUGGUCAGUCACCGGCGGGCACACUCUGGUGAGUGUCCCUAUGUUUGCGACCAGUGUGGCAAACGUUUCUCCCAGCGCAAGAACCUCUCGCAGCACCAGGUUAUCCACACAGGCGAGAAGCCCUACCACUGCCCUGACUGUGGCCGCUGCUUCCGCAGGAGCCGGUCCCUGGCCAAUCACCGGACCACGCAUACGGGUGAAAAGCCCCACCAGUGCCCUAGCUGCGGGCGUCGCUUUGCCUAUCCCUCGCUGCUGGCCAUCCACCAGCGCACACACACGGGGGAGAAGCCCUACACCUGCCUGGAGUGCAACCGCCGCUUCCGUCAGCGCACCGCCCUCGUCAUCCACCAGCGCAUCCACACCGGCGAGAAGCCCUACCCGUGUCCGGACUGUGAGCGGCGCUUCUCCUCCUCCUCCCGCCUGGUCAGCCACCGGCGGGUACACUCCGGGGAGCGCCCCUACGCCUGCGAGCACUGUGAGGCCCGCUUCUCCCAGCGCAGCACCCUGCUCCAGCACCAGCUCUUGCACACGGGGGAGAAGCCGUACCCCUGCCCAGACUGCGGACGUGCCUUCCGGCGGAGCGGCUCCCUCGCCAUUCACCGCAGCACGCACACCGAGGAGAAGCUGCACGCGUGCGAAGACUGUGGCCGCCGCUUCGCCUACCCCUCGCUCCUGGCCAGUCACCGGCGCGUCCACUCGGGCGAGCGGCCGUACGCCUGCGACCUGUGCUCCAAGCGCUUUGCCCAGUGGAGCCACCUGGCCCAGCACCAGCUCCUGCACACCGGGGAGAAGCCCUUCCCCUGCCUGGAGUGUGGCCGUUGCUUCCGCCAGAGGUGGUCUCUGGCCGUCCACAAGUGUAGCCCCAGGGCCCAAAACUGUAGCGCUAGAUCUGCUCUAGGGGGGGCCAGCCAGAAGGGCGAUGCCCUUUAG